AUGGCUGCCAUACGUUCUAUCAGCUGCCAACAAAACGUCAGUCUUAUUAUUGUCAAAAGGGCUUUUUUAACACAUCACUCUUCAGAUUACUAGUAAAUCGUUAGUGUCAUAAAGGAAACUUAAAAAAAUAGAUUUAUGCGUAUUGGCUACGAAAGUAAGAGACUGAGAGGUGAAAAUCGAAAGAAAGGUGCGAGUAGCCUGUAGUGUCGAAAUUCCCCUUUUCGAAUGAUUUUUUUGGAGUGAAAACGUGAAAAGUGCAGUUUCGUGCUUUUGUAUAAGGACAAAAAUGGAUUACGUAGUAAUAAAAGACAUUCGCCCGGGGCAAAAGAAUAUCAAUGUGAUUUUUAUCGUCCUCGAGGUUGGCCAUGCUACAGUCACCAAAGAUAACCGCGAAGUUCGAACUUUCAAAGUGGCUGAUGCCACAGCUUGUAUGAACGUCUCCAUCUGGGACGAGCCAGGAACUUUGUUAGUACCUGGUGAUAUCGUCAAACUGACCAAAGGAUACGCUUCUAUUUGGAGGCAGUGUUUAACUUUGUACUCGGGGAAAAGUGGAGAUAUUCAGAAAAUUGGAGAGUUCUGUAUGGUUAUCAAUGAACAAUUGAAUAUGAGCGAACCUAAUCCUGCACUGGCACAACAAAUGCUCAAUCAAGGAGGAUCCGGACCUCCAGGGACCAUUGUCAACAGCAGUAUCACUAACAAUGGAAAUGCCAACAAUGUUUCGGGAAAUAGUGGAAGAACGCCUUUGGGGUUUGGAUUUCCUCUUGCGGCUGUAGUCUGUCAUUCUUUAUUAAAAUAUUUAAUUUGUGCCCUAAUCAAUUAUGGAAGGACGUAUUUUAAAGCACAUCAGCCAAUACGAUUAUCAUGUAAAAGUGUAAUGUGGGCACUUGCCACUCCAGGAGUUGCCACUGGAGUAGAUGUUGGUCUUUCCAAUAAAUCUCUUAAAUUUAUUAGUGUACCUUUGUAUACAAUGACUAAAUCAACUUCAAUCAUUUUCAUAGUUGGUUUUGCCCUUCUAUUUAAACUGGAGAGAAAGUCUGUGUCAAUGGUCUUUAUAGUCCUAAUGAUAUCAGGAGGCUUGAUAAUGUUCACAUACAAGUCGACCGACUUCCAUCUACUAGGAUUUCUCUUAUGCCUCUUGGCGUCACUUUCUUCUGGAAUUAGAUGGACACUAGCUCAAAUUGUGAUGCAAAGAUCUAAACUUGGUAUUAGAAAUCCGGUAGAUAUGAUGUAUUAUAUGCAGCCUUGGAUAUUAGUUUCCAUUAUACCUAUGACCAUUUUAUUUGAAGGUCAAAAAAUGUAUAAAGAAUUUUUGGAACUCGAUUGGACUAAUUCGAGCCAAAUAUAUAUGACAACGGGAUAUGUUGGAGGUGGAGGCCUUAUUGCCUUCUGUAUGGAAAUUUUUGAGUUUUUGGUUGUUACGUACACUUCUAGUCUGACUCUUUCCAUUAUUGGAAUUCUAAAGGAAAUUAGUAUAUUUUUCGUUGCUUUUGAAUUUGGGGGAGACACCAUAACCACAUUUAAUUUCAUCGGCUUACCCUUGUGCCUUGGGGGAAUCACUCUGCACGUAAUGCAGAAACUCUUAUGGAACAAAAGAGAAUCAAGUGAGAAUGUGGAACUCGAGACGAAUUCUCUGAGCGUUGAUUCUAAAUUCGAGGACGGAAUUGAGACAGAUCGUCCACUUCUCAUGGAAAAAUCAACAUCCCUGACGAAUUUGCUAAAUUCGAAUUUUAGCUCUGACGAAGAGGAGGAAAUCAAGGAUCCAAACUCUCCUAAAUUUCUUUUCAAGGUUUUACAACACAGGGAUCAAUAAUUUUUGUAUACCUCGACUGAAAAUCCGCGUUUUGUUUUUUUAAAACGAAUUUUUUCAUUACAAAGACCAUUCCACUCACGUGAUACUACUUUUUCAUCUUCAUUUUUUAAACGAUAGAUCUAUUUUUAAAGGAAAUUUGUUGCCAUAAUGUUUCAGUCAUGACCGAAUUUAUGUAGACUUAUAUUCCUUGAAAGUCAUUGUACAUGCACACUUUAUCCAAAGUUUUUGCUAGUCAAAGUCAAAUGCGCCAUGGAUAAAAUCAAAACUAAAUGUGCAAUGAUCACAAUGAUUUUUUAAUAAAAAAUAAGUUGACGUAAUAAGAUACUAAUUUUUGUUUAUAUGAUGAAAGUUAAAAUAUCUUUCUCGGCUUGUUUAUCAUACUUUCUUUGAGCAACAUCUUCUUAUAAUUACUGUUUCAAUGAUUAAUUCACUUUUAAAUAGAAAACGUAAACAGAUUACCAUUACUGAAGUAUUUGUCGACCUAUUGUGUAUAUAUUUUAUUCAAAGUCAUUAUUGUACCUCGUUUAUUUAGAAUUAAGAGUAAAAUGUAGACAGAGAAUGUCUACCUAAUUUUAAUCUAAAAAAUUAAUUGUAAUAAGUCUCAUUUUUAUUUAAGAUGUUUCCCGGUAGUCAUAAAUGCAAUAACAAUUGUCGUUUCUAACAUAUUAUACACUUUUGUUAUACUGUAAUUUGUUUGUCUAAAAAAAUGUAAAUAUGUAGAAAUAUUUAUAACUAAACUUUAUUACAGAGAUGUAAAAAUGUGCAAUUAUACGUAAAUCUGCAAGUGUCGAGACUGAAGUAAAAUCCUUGUCUCUCAGAGGAACAGAAGCUGCAUAAUAUAAUACGUUUAAGUUUUUCAGAACUGAAUAGUUACACGAUUUAAGGAUUUAUUUUUUUAGGUCUGUGAUCGAAUGGGAAUGUAUUUCGAGUAACUGAACGAAUUAUGCCUUGCCUGAUUUUGUGAAUGGAUAAACUUUCUUAUUUUUUAACAACCUCAUAUUGAGGCUACCUCAGUGUUUAUUUUUGUGAAGUUGAAGCAAACUUAAUACAUUUUUGCACUGGUAAAA